GGCAGAGCUGCUGUGUGCCCGGAUUCCCCCUCCUCCUCCCCCCCUCUCCUUAGCCGUCCCCAGACGUCAUCCUCUUCGUCACCGUCGUGAGAGAGAGCCGAGCGGCGGGCUGAGUGAAAAGCCCCACUUUGUUAUUGUUGUCCCCGCUCCGCUUCUCCCUCCCCGGGGAGCAGCAACACGUCCGCACGCUGUAUUAUGUGAACUAUGGAACAACUUUCCCCUUAGUAACGAAGACGAGGUGAGAAGUAAGAGGUGUUUGUAGUCAAAAUCAGAAGAGCAGCCUAGGUUGACAAUACUGCCAUUUACAAUGAUGGAGUGCUGUCACCCUAGCACAGAAAGUACUGGCUGGAUUACCAGGUGAACAUAAAGGAAAAUGGAUUGGUCAGAAUGUAUGUGCAAAAAGCAACAGAUGAGGUACCCCAUAGCUGACCUCAGAUCCCGAAUAUUGAAGAUGGAUAAGUGUAGACAUGUGGGACGACUGCGUGUCGCCCAAGACCAUUCGAUAUUGAACCCUCAAAAGUGGCAUUGUGUGGACUGUAACACUACAGAGUCAGUAUGGGCUUGCCUGAGCUGUUCACAUGUAGCAUGUGGCCGAUACAUUGAAGAACAUGCACUGCAACACUUUCAGGAAAGUAAACAUUCUUUAGCACUGGAGGUGAAUGAACUCUACGUUUUCUGUUACCUUUGUGAUGAUUAUGUUCUCAAUGACAAUGCCACUGGUGACCUUAAACUUUUACGUAGCACAUUAAGUGCAAUCAAAAGUCAGAACUAUGACUGCACAACACGCAGUGGUCGGACGCUGCGAUCUAUGGUAGCUGUGGAUGACAAUUUUACGUCUCAUCAAGGUGCAAAGGCACUGCUCCAGAAUGAAGACCUUGCAUUUACUGCUCUUUGGCAUAGAAGACAUGCGCUAUUGGGGAAAAUGUUUAGGUCUUGGUUUUCUUUGACUCCCAAAGGUAAACGGAGGUUGGAGGACGAGCGCCUCAGGGAAAAGGCCAAACAAAGGAGGGAGGAAGCAAGGAAAAAGCGUCAGAUGCUAAAGCACAAAUUAAAGCAAGAGUUGGAAAGUACUCCGCCACGUAAGAGUUCCCGCUUGCAAGAGCAACUGCAAAAUGUGACCUUGCCACCGCUGCAGAAAAAGCAUCAAAAGCCAACCGCCACCACAAAACAAAAUCGUUCAGGAUCUACCUCGGAAAGCACUUGUAGACAAAAAUUAAGCGAUUCCCCUGUUAAAAAAAAAUCGACUGUGACCCCUGGGGUGACAGGGCUAAGGAACUUGGGGAACACUUGCUAUAUGAACUCUAUUCUUCAGAUUUUGAGUCAUUUGCAUGUUUUCCGGGAAUGUUUCCUACAACUUGACCUAAAUCAAACUCAGGAGCUCUUGGUAGCUGCAGCCAAUGGAAAAACAAGAUCAUCCAGCCAAAUCCUCCCUGCUACAGACUUUGUUAAAAUAACACAAAAGCACAUUAAAGUAGAAAGGCCUUUGGUAAAGCGCCAAAGCUCCUCAUCUGGCCUCAGUGGUGGGGCAUCAAAAGGUAGAAAUAUGGAACUCAUUCAACCUAAACCCAGCUCAACGCACAUUUCCCUAUGCCACGAGUUGCAUACUCUCUUCCAAGUUAUGUGGUCUGGUAAGUGGGCACUAGUCUCCCCCUUUGCCAUGCUUCAUUCAGUGUGGAGGCUAAUUCCAGCCUUUCGUGGUUACGCACAGCAAGAUGCUCAGGAAUUUUUAUGUGAACUUUUGGAUAAAGUACAACAGGAACUGGAGACAACCAGGACCGGGUACCCAACCCUGAUUGCCAGCACUCAGAGGAAACUCAUCAAACAGGUCCUGAAUGUAGUCAACACAAUUUUCCAUGGACAGCUUCUCAGUCAGGUCACCUGUCUUGCCUGUGACAACAAGUCCAAUACAGUAGAGCCAUUUUGGGACUUAUCCUUGGAGUUUCCUGAGAGAUAUCAUUGCAGUGGAAAAGAGAGUGCCUCUCAGCGACCUUGCCUACUGACCGAGAUGCUGGCUAAGUUUACAGAGACUGAGGCUUUAGAGGGGAAGAUCUACGCCUGUGAUCAGUGCAACACCAAGCGGAGGAAGUUCUCAUCCAAACCGGUCAUCCUUACAGAAGCUCAGAAACAGCUGAUGGUGUGUCAGCUACCUCAAGUCUUGCGACUCCAUCUCAAGAGAUUCAGGUGGUCUGGUCGCAAUCAUCGUGAGAAAAUUGGAGUACACGUGCAGUUUGAUCAAAUGCUAAACAUGAAGCCGUAUUGUUGUAUAGAAUCUACUGCAGCCCUGAAAUCGGAUCACUUUAUCUAUGACCUGUCUGCUGUGGUGAUGCAUCAUGGAAAAGGAUUUGGUUCUGGACAUUAUACAGCUUUCUGCUACAAUCCGGAAGGAGGCUUUUGGGUGCACUGUAAUGACUCUAAGCUGCACACAUGCACAGUGGAAGAAGUCUGCAAGGCACAAGCUUACAUCCUGUUCUACACACAACGGGUCACUCAGGAGAAUGGACACUUGUCUAACAAGCUUUCAGGCCACGGCACUCCGUCUAGUAGUCCACUGUCUACACCUUGCUGAGAGAGACUCGUAGAAAAUUGUAACCUUAAUGGCAGCUUCUAAGCUCAGUUCCUGGAGCCAUUGGUGUGUCUGCUUGUGUAUAGUACACAUUAUUUUCAACCCAACCAGCACAGACUUUAGUAUUGGCCACUCAAGAUAUUUGAACAUUGCUGUAAAUUUUAAAUAACAGUCCUGUCAAUGCAGGCUUGCAAAAGUGAUUUAUCUUUGGCAGAAUCCAGCAGAGAAACUACCAUGCUCCCAACAUCAAAUGUUGACUCCAGGUCUAUUGAGGAAAUCGAUAUGCCUUGUAAGCAGAAUAUUGUAUACAUGUUCUCACUUGUCAAAGGAAGCAAGUGUUUCUCACCCAUUAAGGAACACAGCAGUAUAACCUUAAUGUGAAUUGCUGAUUGUUGACAGGAAGAUCGGACACUGGCAAACAAAACUGUAGGGCAGCCCAGGAUAGCCCAUCCUAAUUCCAGAAUGCCUCAGUCUUUUGCUGCUGCUUUCAAACGGAACAUCUUUGUCUGCUCUGUUGUGAAAAAAACUAACCUAUUUUUACUAGCAACAUUUUUUUCUUUAAUCAAAACUCUUCUCUACAUUGCUACUAGAGAUGUUCUCUUCUGUUGCAACUGGAUUCAGCUUAAGGUGGUUUUCAAACUCUGGUAACAAGUUGGCUGCAGCGCCUUUUCCAAGUACAGAGCCACUGGCAUUGCCUCUGCUUGCCCUGUCUCUGAAGACUCAUUUAGUGAGUAGGCUGGUCAGGCUGAGUCACCAGAAGGUCCCUUAUUUAGAUUGGUCACUGGGCCCCUUGAAAAUACUCAUUCUGUUGAGUGGGUGUGUUGGGUGCUCUGCUCUCUUUCCUGCAAUUCACCAUCGAGGAAGCGUCUCCUCGUUUCUGCUCUUGCUCGCAGUUAGCCAUGUGGUACUCUGAUCUUUGUUCCUUUUCUUCUGCUGACCUACAGUAUAUGUGGUUGCCUCCAGCCAUCCAACCCUCAUCUGCUACCAACUGUUUGGGUUUCAUGAGUACCUGGGGCCUAGCCCCAUCCCUGUACUUUACAUUGCCUUAUUGCCAAGUUCUAGAUACUGAGAGAAUAGUCCCACUGCACUGGGUGCCCUUAUCACUAAGAUAAUCUAGGUCCAGUCCUAGACACAGGUCAAACCCGAAAUGUUCCCCCCCACAGGGUAAAUUUCAGAUUCUCUGAUCCCAGAUUUAAACUCUACAAUUGAGUAGUUGUCUUAUUCUCCACUUCUGUAUAGGAAGCUUAGGUGUGAUGGUAGCCUCCAAGGAAGUCCGGUUUUAACCUUUUAGAUCUCUACAGCGCAACAUUCUGUCAUGGGAGAAGUCUAUUUAUCUGUGAACAGACCAAUUCCCUUAGUGCCAAAUACCAGGCUGUCCCAGGUCUGGUGCUGCAGGAAUCUAGCUCUGCUAUUGGGGAAAGUUCCUUCUCCUGAAAGACCCUCAUGACAGAUGCAAGUCUAAUGGGCCUUGGAAUGGGUCUUAGGCACCCUGUCAUUGUAGGGGACUUGGUCAUCGUCAGUCUUCAGACCAAGUUUCUGGAGCUUUGGGCGAUUUGGCUUUCUUUACAGUGUUUUACCAUCCUGCUGGAGUGUCAUGAGAUCUGGAUUCAGUCAGACAUGCCACACUUGUGGCAUAAAUCUUCUAUCAGGAAGGAUCCAAAAGUCGCAUUGUGACGAGAGGUAGAGCGGCAAAACUUUACAUUUCGGGCUUGACUGCUGAGUAAAUUCUAGGAGCAGGCUUCCUCAGCUGGCAUUUCGACUUUGGGGGAGAGAGGUUCCUACAGCUGGAGAUGUUUCAGGACCUGUCACAGGUGGCAGAAGCUGGAUGUGGACCUUGUAAUGUCUAGGUUCAACUUUAAACUGCCCAGGUUUGUCUCCGGGUACAGAGAUCCUCUAGCUGAAGAAGUGUAUAUGCUCUAGAGCAGUGAUGGGGAACU